CGUUUGAGUAGUUGGCCAAUCAAAAAUGCACUCGGGGACCAGAUACUGUGGUUCAAAGACUAUAUUAAUGAAUGUAGCCAAAGUGAGCAACAAUUGACGUCUCACAUAUGCUCCGUAUUUUCAGGAAUUUAAUAAAAACAGUCUACUCUUCAACUAUAGACAAAUUUAAAAGCUGGCCCGACUUAUGCGAUUUGUUGGCCAACCGUUUUUUCCGAGUCCCGUGACGCUCCAGCCAGGGUGUCAACUUCCUGUUUGGGAAACAAGCGGAAGUGAACUAAGGGGCGUCCAUCAACUGCUCUCUGUCAACACUUACCUCUAAUUUCUACGAUUUUUUGACUAAAUAAGAAAACACAUUCGCAAUAGAAGAUGUCGGAGACGGGGAACCGACUCCGGAAGCUGCUCGAAUCGCCGAAUUUCGACCCACAGAACUACGUGAAGCAGCUCUCGCAGCAGUCCGAUGGCGACAGGGAUUUGCAGGAGCACCGUCAGAAAAUCCAGAACUUGGCCGACGAGACGGCGCAAAACCUGAAGAAGAACGUCUACAAGAACUACAGGCAGUUCAUCGAAACGGCCAAAGAGAUUUCCUACCUGGAGAGCGAGAUGUACCAGCUGAGUCACAUCCUGACGGAGCAGAAGAGCAUCAUGGAGAGCAUCACUCAGGCCCUGCUGCUGACGGACAAGGACGAGACCUCCAAAGAGAUGCAGGCUGCCUUCCCCAAAGAGACCGAGGAGGUGAAGCAGAGGACGCUCACCUCGCUGCUGGAGAAAGUAGAAGGGGGCAAAAACAUCAUGGACACCCCGGGGAGGCACCUAGUCUACAACGGUGACCUUGUGGAGUUUGACGUUGACAACAUGUCCCCCAUCCAGAAGGUGCACGCUUUCCUCAUGAACGACUGCCUGCUAAUCGCCACCUGGCUGCCGAACCGCAGAGGGACUGUCAAGUACAAGUACAACGCCCUGUAUGACCUGGAGAGCUUCGCCGUGGUCAAUGUGAAGGACAACCCUCCCAUGAAGGACAUGUUCAAGAUCCUCAUGUUCCCGGACAGUCGCAUCUUCCAGGCGGAGAACAGCAAAAUCAAAAAGGAGUGGCUGGAGAUCCUGGACGAGACCAAGAAGAACAAGGCCACCAAGGACAGGCACAAGAAAGAGGAGGAGGUCCCCACUUCUCCCGUCAGAGCCGAGGUGUCCACCAACCCUUUCGAUGUGGACGAUGACGAGCCAGCCGAUGCGGAGGAGAUCGUGGACCUCAGCCUGGAGUGGAUCCAGGAGCUGCCGGAGGACCUGGACGUCUGCAUCGCCCAGAGGGACUUCGAGGGCGCCGUGGACCUGCUGGACAAGCUGAACGAGUAUCUGAAAGACCAGCCGGUCACCCCCCGGGUCAAGGAGCUGAGGCUGAAGGUGGAUGAGCGCGUGAGGCAGCUGACGGAGGUGCUGGUGUUCGAGCUGUCCCCAGAUCGGUCACUUCGAGGAGGACCGAAAGCCACCAGGCGGGCCGUGUCCCAGCUGAUCAGACUAGGUCAGUCCACCAAAGCCUGCGAGCUGUUUCUGAAGAACCGCGCUGCUGCCGUCCAGACGGCCAUCCGGCAGCUCCGAAUAGAGGGAGCCACGCUGCUCUACAUCCACAAACUCUGCAACAUCUUCUUCACCAGCCUGCUGGAGACGGCCAAGGAGUUCGAGAUGGACUUUGCCGGGAACACGGGCUGCUACUCGGCCUUCGUGGUGUGGUCCCGAUCAGCCAUGAGGAUGUUUGUGGACGCCUUCAGCAAGCAGGUGUUUGACAGUAAGGAGAGCCUGUCGACAGCAGCAGAGUGUGUCAAAGUGGCUAAGGAGCACUGUCAGCAGCUGACCGAGAUCGGCCUGGACCUGACCUUCACCCUGCAGUCCCUGCUCGUCAAGGACAUCAAGGCGGCCCUGCUGAGCUACAAGGACAUCAUCAUGGAGGCCACCAAGCACCGAAACUCUGAGGAGAUGUGGAGGAAGAUGAACCUGAUGACGCCCGAGGCUCUGGCUAAACUCAAGGACGAGAUGCGCACCUGCGGGAUGGGCAGCUUCGAGCAGUACACUGGGGACGACUGCUGGGUGAACCUGAGCUACACCAUCGUGGCCUUCACCAAGCAGAUGAUGAGCUUCCUGGAGGAGGGCCUGAAGCUCUACUUCCCCGAGCUGCACAUGGUGCUGCUGGAGAGCCUGAGGGAGAUCAUCCUGGUGGCCGUGCAGCACGUGGACUACAGCCUGCGCUGCGAGCAGGACCCCGAGAAGAAGGCCUUCAUCAUGCAGAACGCCUCCUUCCUCCACGACACCGUGCUGCCCGUGGUGGAGCGGAGGUUUGAGGAGGGCGUGGGCAAGCCGGCCAAACAGCUGCAGGACCUGAGGAAGAGCACCCGGCCGGUUAGGAUCAAUCCAGAGAGCACCACGUCUGUGGUCUGAGACUUUAAUAAAGGACAACUGACAAGUAAAAGAAACUCUUACAUGUUCUUUUACUGCCUGUUCCGGCAACUUUAACUCCCAUUUAACAAAUAACCUCUAAAUAUUGGUUAUUUUGAGAUGGCAGGACAGAAGAUGACAGGAUGGAGAACUGGAGAAAAACAUACCUGAAGAUGGGUUUUUAUAAAAAGCUUCUUUGCACCUGAAAUUGUAUAGACACACACACAAUAAUACCUGAUGAUACUGGGGUAAUUACGAUGAAAGAUGAUCCGGCGAUUAGUUUACUGCUUUCGGAAAUCCCUGUUACUGCAUCCAGUAGUUGUUUUUGAGCUGUUCCUGUUUCCAUGUCAGGGUGUGGUGAUAACCAGGAAGAGAACUGUUCCUCGAGUUCGUGUAACUGUGCACUGAAUGCGUGAAAAAGAAAAGUCACAUUUCAGACAAACAGCUGAUACAUUUGUGUUUCCGGAGCAGACUGGCUGUGUCAUUUGCAAUUUUGUGCACGUGACCUGUGGUUUCUCUGAAUUUUAAUCACACCGAUGUAUCCAAGGCAUCGACGGAAACCUGAUCUAAAUGCAACGUGCGUGCGCUCCCCUCGAAAAGCUAAUGUUUAUGCUGUUGGAAGUCCUGGAAGCAAUAUAUUUCCAAGUUUGAUUCAAGCUCACCCAGCAGUGAUGUUGGCGAUGAUUUACGAACACUAAAUAGUAUUCCAGCCUGCUAGGACUGAUUUAAAAGGGAUUGACUGAAAAGCAAAUGCACUGGGAAAUGUUGGCUGUUGUAAGAGUGUUUGACCACAACACAUGAAAUUGAAUAAACGUCAUCAAGCACAAGUGCA